UGUAUGUUGUGGAAAUCUAUUUAAGAUCAUUUAAAGGCAACAAAAUAAGUGUUUGAUUCAGCAAUAAUGAAGAUUGAAGCAUUCAUAGUACUGUUCCUGUCCUCACUGGUAUCUGCACUGCGUCGUGGUCCACAUCAUCCCCACGGGCAGUCGCCGGUAGACCAGAAACAUCACCACUACAGACCGCCUCGUAGUGCGGAGUCUCUCACGUCAGACGCUCAGUUACUCCACGAUGUGCAGCACAUAGAAGAAGACUCAAAGGUUUUGACGCCAGAGGCGCUUGCGAAGAUGACACCUGAAGAACUGGAGUUCCACUAUUUCUCCGCUCACGAUUUCGACAGGAAUUCUAAAUUAGAUGGGCUAGAACUACUGAAGGCAGUGUAUCAUACAAUAGAACACGAAGCUCACGAUCCUGAUAACGAUUCUUCUAUAGAGCCUGAAGCAAACGAACUGGAUGCAUAUAUAGCACUAGUGGACCGGACUCUACAAAGUGACGACACAGAUGGCGACGGCUACGUGUCGUACGCGGAAUACCGCGCCGCCCGCGCCAUCAACCCCAGCGAACGGACGCCGAGGGUUCUCGCUGCUAACUCUCCGCCUUAACACUGAUCCUUGUCAUUGUUAGACUAUACAUAGUUGGAUUAAUCAGGUCGUAUAUUUUAUUUAAAAAGCUAAAGCCAUUGGUAGCGAGUAUGUAUCUCACUGCACAAAUGGUUCGUGCACAUAUAUAUAUAUUUCGAUUUUCGAUUUCCGAUUUCUGUGGCGGCGACCUCAGCAACUAUGGAUUACGCCUUUUAUGGGCUCUAAUAUAGCUGGCCAGGCCGAACUUCGUCUUAAAGACUCUUUGGCAAGUGCUACAAUAAAGUUGGCCGGAGGUAUUGUAUGUAUACGUAGGAGGGCUUCGGUCUGUCUUUGCGUUGCUGGCGUUUGGCAUCUAAAGUAUUGAGGCGGCUUUCCUCGAAUACUUUGAUAUUCUUAACCUCUACCUACGUAGUGUCACAGGUAGUGUCGUCAACUGACAAGAAAGAGGACAGUAUGUAUCAAGUGAUAAGAUGUACAUGAAUCAUGUUUUGGCCUGUCAGAUAAUUAUGAACAAACUGUCUGUCGCUGCAGUCAGCAUAAAAUAAGAAUUUUCUGUUGAUUUUGACAGAAUUUGACAAUAAAGACAAUGUUUAGGAAUGGAAUUGGUUGAGCCUAAGAAUGGUCUAAUAAUGUAGGUACCUAGUGUUUUUUACCAUAAAGUAAGAGUCAUAUUUGCAUCUGGUUAACAGUGUGCAGCAAUGUGCGUAGCCGAAUGCACAAACGCUCACGAAACGCUCACGAUAAUAUCUCUUUCGUAGCUAUCUAUCUCUAUCGUAUUGGCGCGACAGAGCCAGACUACAUUUCUGCGGCGUUUCGGUGGCGUUUCAGCUACGGGGCCAGGUUACAUAUCUUUAUUUGUUUUGGAUAGAUAUAACUGCAAUUUUUGAUUGGAGGGGUGUCACUUUUGACACAGACAAAAUUCAUAACAUGUUAUUAGUUAUUAUUACAAUCAAAAUAUUCCUCUAGGUUUACUUAAGUAUGAAGAAAAUGUGACCAAAAUACAUUAAGAACAAGGAGUAAUUGCAGUCUAUAUUUGCUUGUCUGCACAUUACGUGUACAAAUAUUGUCAAAAUAUUUAAUUAUUUAUUACGUAAUUAUGUUCCUUUAAAAUGACAACACGAUUAUUGUAAAUAGAAUAUGUAGUUUAAUUAAAUGUUACAUUUUAAACCUUCAUAGGUAUUACACAUUCCUGUACGUGUAUACUUAUUUACUAUUUACAUGACUAAACAGUUACGAGACCAUUAACUGAGAACAGUCAAAAGUUAAAUAUAAUAAACUGAGCCCAAGUAGCAAUUGAUAAUAUUUACAGUUCUUCUU